UUCCCCGUCGCCGGACAGUGUUACGGACGUUCUCUAGUUUAAAUUUCGAAUUUCGAAUAACGGUAUUUUGAAUUUUGAAAAUUCGAAUCUCGAACGCUGCGUGCCAGUUUUGACGUUCGUAUUCCAAUGACCACAAUGGACCACCGAGAAUUCAGAGUUAAAGCAAAGGAGCUGGUGGACUUCAUAGCUGAUUACCUUGAAAAUGUUGGUGACCACCGCGUGUACCCUGACGUGCAGCCGGGGUACCUCCACAAGCGGCUGCCGGGCGAGGCGCCCCACGCCCCGGAGUCCUGGGACGAGAUAUUCAAAGACGUGCAGGAACAUAUUAUGCCUGGGAUUGUCCACUGGCAGAGUCCCCACAUGCACGCGUAUUUCCCAGCUCUGACGUCAUACCCCUCCAUUAUGGGAGAGAUGCUGUCUAGUGCUCUGAACGUGUUAUGCUUUACUUGGGCCUCUUCCCCUGCUGGAACUGAGCUGGAGACCAUAGCCAUGAACUGGCUUGGGAAGCUGCUGGGUCUACCUGAAUGCUUCCUCAAUGAGAAGAACGAUAGCCCUGGAGGUGGUGUUAUUCAGACAACGGCAAGCGAAGCAACUCUAGUGAGCCUGCUAGCGGCUCGCACCAGAGCUCUCAUGGAGCUGUCGAAGCUUAACCCUGAGUUGCAGUCUUCGGAACUCCUGGGCCACCUGAUCUGCUACUGCUCUGAUCAGGCCCAUUCGUCUGUAGAAAAAGCUGGAUUAAUUGGUCUAGUGAGAAUGCGCUACAUCGAGUCUGAUGAAAAGCAGUGCAUGCGAGGCGAUAAACUAGACGAGGCGAUACUAAGUGAUAAAGCUAAGGGCCUUGUUCCAUUUUGGGUGUGUGCUACCCUCGGAACCACGGGAUCAGUGGCGUUCGAUAAUCUCCGGGAGAUCGGCGAGGUCUGCGAGAAGCAUACAGCCUGGUUGCACGUGGACGCUGCGUACGCUGGCAGCGCAUUCAUCUGCCCUGAAUACAGACACUGGCUGGACGGGGUGGAACUCGCGGAUUCUUUCGCUUUUAACCCGUCAAAAUGGUUGAUGGUGAACUUCGACUGCACCGCUAUGUGGGUAAGGGACAGCACGGCGCUACACCGGACUUUUAACGUAAAUCCCAUCUAUUUGCGUCAUGAAAACUCUGGAAAAGCUAUUGAUUAUAUGCAUUGGCAGAUACCGCUCAGCCGCCGCUUCCGCGCGUUGAAGUUAUGGUUCGUUCUCCGUAAUUACGGAAUCAGUGGAUUACAGAAGCACAUACGGGAGGGCGUGCGCUUGGCCCAAAAGUUCGAGGCCUUGGUGCUUGCUGAUCAACGAUUCGAGAUACCACAGCCAAGGAACCUGGGCAUGGUAGCUUUCCGUUUGAAAGGUGAGAAUACAUUGACGGAGCUGCUUCUAAAACGCCUCAAUGGAAGAGGCUACAUACACGCAGUACCAGCCUGUUUCAAGGGAGUAUACGUGAUAAGAUUCACUGUGACUUCACAACGAACUACCAAUCAGAAUAUUUUAGAUGAUUGGAAUGAAAUAAAAACCGUGGCUUCCGAAAUCUUGGUAGACAUGUUUGGAUCAGAAAAUGGUAACAUCGCGGUAACUAAGAAGCCGAGGAUAUCUUUGAAAGAAACCCGUGAGCUGAACGCAACGUUUGGCACCAGCCUGCUCCUAGCGAACAGCCCCAUGAGCCCCAAGAUCGUGAACGGCACCCACGUGGCGAUCUGCGACUAUGAGCAGGUGCUGUCGUCCUGUGCGCAGACGUUUGCGCAGCUGAAGAUGGAGCCAAAGGAUAGCCCUGAGAUGCGUAGGCGGAUCCGCGGCAUACGUAUGGUUGGAAAGAAGUUCUCGCUUGACUCUUGCAUGGACAUGGUUCAGGGCCUGAUGAUGGAGCAGUCACUCCCUCUCUGCUCUGAAGAGGAGAGAGAGGACGUUUCUAACGGUUCGAGUCCGGGAGAUCGCUCAAUUUCAUCAUCACCAGUCACUUCGAGCAACACCAUAAAGCAAGAUGCGAACAUAGAUUCCAACCAACUCUACGUACCGAGCACACCGUCUAAACAGUUCCGAUCGAGAUCGGUAGAUGUCUCUCUUUCAGAUUUGAACUUCGAAGACGCGAAAAUAACAGUUGACGUUAAGAAAAAUGAAAUAAUCAUCACGCCAACUGACGCUAAGAAGUCGAUAAUCGAUGACAGAAUUCAUUUCAAUGUGGUGGAGGAGAAACUCAAUAUAGGUAACCCGGAAUUUGGCAAUGUGCAAGAUGUACAGGCAGGUAACGCUAGUGACGACCCUAAUGCGAAAUUGACUAUAAAGGGCCCUGGUAGUUAUAUCAAGAAGUUAAUUCAGCAAUUCAGCGAGGGCCCCUUUGAAGGAGACGAUAAACCAGAAUCUGAUAGAGCGAUUUCUACACAAAGUAUUAAGAAUAAGGCAGAUGCCAUUUGUAGGAAAUGCCUGCAUUACAAGGGAAAGAUUACUAAGUAAACGCAUCGAAGCAAUAUUAUCAAAGAUUAUGGAUAUUGAUGCUUAUAUUUGAUUUAAUCUUUUAAAUUUUUGCUUCAUUAGAAAAUGUGUUACCUAUAAAUAUAAUGAAAUGCUUGGAUUUGUAUAAUAAUUGUUAAAAAGUUUGAAAAACUUACCAAAAAAGCCAGUGAGCAAUAAAAAAAUAUUUAAAAUAAUAUCGUAGUGAAUUUUAUAAUCUUAGUUUAAAAAUGUCGUAUUUAUUAUAUAUUAUUAAAUCACAUAAUUUACAUUCUAAUAACAAUUUUAUAUAGUCAGCGUUGUUAAACAAAGAUUAAGUAAAUGUUCGAACAAGUUUAUAUUUUAUCAUAAUUUUAAGUUGAAGAGCACAAUAUAUUAAAUAAUUGUUAUUUUUAUUUCAAUUAAUGUAUUUCUUUUUUGUAUAUUGCUACAUUAUUAGCUAAAGCGCAAAACAUUUUCGAUAUAUCUUUGCUUAAAUAGAUAAGUUAUUCUAGAAGUAAUGUAAUAAUGUAAUUACAAUAACUUUCUAUUAUUAUUACGGAUGUUUAUUUCAAUAUGUAUAAUUAAUGUUAACAUGUAUAAACCACAUUGCAUAAGCUUCGCUUAAUUAAACACUAGAUGGCGCUGAAAUAUAUUAAACUUUCUCCUGUAAUAUGUACUACAUAAUCGUAAAGACAAAUCAGUGUUUUAAAUAUAAUAAUCAGUUAAAAAGUGUUGUUAAAAAAUUAAUAUUUAUUCAAAUUUAUGUAAGUUCAUAUAUUAAAAACUGCUGUGCAAAAUCAAUAAAUUAGUAUAAUCACGGAUAUAAUAAAAUUAUCUUAGUAGAUAUAGUAGAUAGUGGUAGCUUUAAAAUGUAAUCGUAAAUUAAGAAAUCAACUAUUAUCAGAGGUUAUGUGAUAUGUAAAGUUAGUUACUCGCAAUGAAAAAAACUAAAAAAAUAUAUUAUGAGGCACGCUAUGAGUUUUU